AUGGAGAGGAUCUUUCAUGCGAAGAGGUGUUCGGAUGAGAAUCGAUUGGCCUUUUCUGAAUAUUUGCUGACGGGGGAAGUCAGUCAUUGGUGGAGUAGAAUGAGGAUGCUGUUGGAGGGAAGCAGUACUCCUAUCUCUUGGGAAGUAUUCAAGCAGAAGUUCUAUACCGAGUACUUUCCAAAUAACGUUCGGUUUGCAAAGGAGGUAGAGUUCCUUCAAUUGGUUCAGGGGAACAUGUCGGUAUCAGAGUAUGCCGAUCGGUUUAAGCAUCUUUUAAGGUUUCAUACGUUGACAAUGAAUGAGGAGUGGCAGUGCAAGAAGUUUGAGAAUGAGUUGAGAGGUGAUAUCAAAUUGUUGGUCACCGCUUUGAGUAUCAAGGAGUUUCCAGCUUUGGUUGAGAAGGCUAGAAUUUUGGAGAAGACAAAGACGGAAGUAGAGAGUCAACAGAGACAGCCACCGAGGGCUGGAGGACCGGACGUUUCCAGAGGCAGUUUUGGUGCCAGGAGAACUCCCUAUUCUCGGUCUUCUUCUUCUUCUGGAUCUAGGGGUUCUUCUUCACCGUCAUCCGGUUCCAGUAGUCAUUUAGGGCCGCAAGGGUCAAUAAGUUGUUACAACUGUGGAGGACCUCAUAUGAAAUUAGUUUGUCCUCAGUUGGUGGGACUCAGGAAGUGUAAUCAGUGUGGAAGGGAAGGUCACUACGAGAGGGAUUGCCCCUUGGGUAGAAGAGCAGCGGUCCAUAACCGUUCGGUUGGGAGGUUUCAAUUGAGAGGAGUUGCCAGACCUCAGGCUACUGGAAGGGUCUAUGCUAUGUCAAGGGCAAAAGCAUCCAGUUCAGGUACACUUAUUAUCAGUAAUUGCCUGUUGUAUGGUAAAGAUUGUGUAGUGUUGUUUGAUUCGGGGGCAACGCAUUCUUUUGUUUCUGAGGCAUGUGUAGAGAGACUGGGGUUAAUUGUGGGAGAGUUACAUUGUGAUCUGGUGGUGUCUACACCAACAACAGGUUUAGUUAGGACAUCUUUAUUGUGUGCUAGAUGUCCGGUUGAGGUUGAGGGGCGUUAG